CCCUUCCGACCGUGCAUGCUUGAGCAGUGAGCAGGGAAAGAUGAGCUCUCGAACGAGAGACGACGUCGAACAGGCGUAUACGCUCCAGAUCAAAUCCGGUCUUCAGGGUGCCUUCCGCGGUCUGUCGACGGGUUUGGGACUGACGAUCAUCGCACACUACUCUUGGCCCUGGUUCAGACGCCAGACAUUCCCAUUCAAAGGGUUUCUCGUAUGCACCUCAACGCUCUUCGGCAUGGUCAUCAGUGCAGAGGCUGCGCUGCAGGAGUUCGAAGCCGUGCGACGGCACGAGGAGAACGAGAUCCGCAACCGGGCGCGGUUGGACCUCGCGCGACAGGGCAUCAUCCCUACUGAGACGGCGUUGCGAAAAUGGAAAGAGGAGAACAAGGUGCGCGCGUGUGUGUCAGAGACAUUGUUUCAUUUUUACGAGACAGAUCUAUUAGUAGGGCUAGUGAAUAUAUGCGACGACAUUAUUCGUAAUUCCACGCCACUGGCGGUCGGGGUGGUGGUCCGGGAUAAUAUGGCUGUGGCUGCGGUUGUGGCUGCGGCUGAUAGUCGUAAUCCAACGGUGGUGGUGGUGGCGGCGGUGGCAACGGCAAGUACGAUGAAGGCGGUGGCGGAAGACUUGACUGGCGAUGAGGAGACGGCAGACCAUCGUUGAACGUCCCGCUUUGCGGCAAUGGUGGCGGCGGCGGUGGCGGCGGCAGUUGAUGGAAAGACGCGUUGCUGGGUAGAGUGGGACUGUACGCUCCUGGAAGAGGAGGUCCCAGCGACGACUGGCUCGCCGAUUGUGGCAAACCAUAUGACACGUGAGGGGGUCCGGAAUGCAACUGUGGCUGUGGCGGGAGAGGCCGUGAUCCGGGCCCUGAAGAUAAGUUCAACGGAGGCCCGGGGCUAGGUGGAGAUGUGUGGCCAGCAGACGGAUGCCCCGGAGACGAAUGCCCAUUGUUGGGGACGUGGCUAUGAUUCGUUCCAUUGUAGCCUGUUGUUUGCGGCGUUUGGAAUUGUGAGUAUGGGAAUGAAUGCGACGGCGGAAUGCCCUGGGGUGGGAAGGUCUGCUGGACGUGGAAUGAACCGGAAGGUGGCAGCGACGGCGGAUACUGGCCGGUUGGUUGGGAGGAAAUUGGCCCAUACGAUGCAGACGGAGUCAUGUGAGAAGAAUAGUUCGCCGGGGGAGGAGCCCGAGAGAACCCGGCAUCGUUGUUGGAGCUGGACAGCACGAACCCGGAUGAUGUCGUCGGAAGACUGUAUCGGCCGCGAGCAAGGGGUGUGCUAUAGCCAGCACCAACAUUUGUUUCGUAUGUCGGUCGAUGCGGUGGUUGAGAUCCGUAUGGGUUUGGCAGUGCCUCGUGCGGUGGUCCAGGGGGUGUUCUGGGGCGAUCAUACGACGGCUGUAGCUCAUACUGCUGGUGAUGUUCAUAAGGCUGCUG